AUGGAGAAGGUGCCUUAUGCUAAUGUCGUGGGCUGCCUCAUGUAUGCAAUGGUAUACACACGUCCUGACAUAGCUCAAGCAAUCAGUGUCGUUUCCAGAUACAUGGCAAAUCCAGGAAAGCAACAUUGGGAUGCAGUCAAGUGGAUUUUUCGUUAUUUGAAGGGUUCUUGGCGACAAAGGAUUAUGUUUGAGAAGCAAAAAGAAAAUGCAAGGGUGCUGGGAUAUGUGGAUGAUGAUUAUGCAGGGGACUUGGACAAGAGAAGGUCAACUUCUGGUUAUGUGUUUACAUGCGCAGGAGGACUGAUCAGUUGGAGAGCACUACUACAACCAAUUACAGCUUUGUCGACCACAGAGGCAGAGUAUAUUGCAUUGGCCGAAGCUGGAAAGGAAGCAAUUUGGCUUAGUGGCUUGGAAACCAAGGUGUUUCCUAAAGCUCCACAAACCUUUUGA